AUGGCGUCAAUGGAGGGAGAGGCGGCGCUGCCUCUCUCAGCUCUGCAGUUUCUUCAGUUUGUUAGGUACAAGCUUGUUAUUUUUCCAGAUUAUUCUACUGCCUACUUGAUCGGAUUGCAUGCCCAGAUAUUGAAAGACACCUGUUACGUGUUAACUGCAAAGCGCAGGAUAUGGGGUGAUCAAGGUCAGGCUGCACUAGAGAAGGCUAGCAUAUGCUUGCUUAACUGUGGUCCUACUGGAACAGAAGCGUUGAAGAACCUCGUGCUUGGAGGAAUAGGAAGUGUGACUGUUGUUGAUGGCUCCAAAGUUGAAGCAUCUGAUCUGGGGAACAAUUUUCUGUGUAAUUUCUUCGCUUUGUGA